AUGGAGCUCUUUUCAAACACUUCCAAACUGGCCCUGAACACAAGCCUGACACUGAACACAACGGGGAAUUACACCAGUGACCAGCUCACUGAAGUCAACCUUCUUGAAAUCCUGGGCCCUAAAAGAUCGCCCUUCUUUCUCCAAGUGACCAGUGUUUACCUUCUCAUCUUCCUCACCGGCUUGUCCGGAAAUCUGCUCACAUGUGCCGUGAUAGCGAAACACAAGAAGAUGCGUAACCCCACCAACCUCUACCUGGUGAGCCUGGCGGUGUCAGACCUCCUGGUGCUUGUGUUCGGGAUGCCCCUGGAGAUUUACGACUUGUGGCAGAACUACCCGUUCCCCUUCGGCGAGAGCGGCUGCUACUUCAAAACCUUCCUCUUUGAGACAAUCUGCUUCGCCUCGGUCCUGAAUGUAACAGCUCUGAGUGUGGAGCGGUACAUAGCUGUGGUGCAUCCACUCAAAACGCGAUACCUGUCCACUAACCAGCACGCCAAGCAGGUCAUCACCACUGUGUGGGCUGCGUCGAUGAUCUGCGCCAUCCCGAACACCCUGCUGCAUGGCAUCUUCUUCCUGCCGGAGAGAAUGGAGGAAUCAGCCAUUUGUACGGUGUUAAAACCCCUGUGGAUCUAUAAUAUGGUCAUGCAGAUCACCACAGUGUGCUUCUACUUUGUACCCAUGAUGGUGAUUAGCAUGCUGUACCUGGUGAUGGGUCUUCAUUUGAGCAGAGAAUCCCGGCAGCCCAGCGGGAACCUGGGAAAGAACUGCAGCAACAACACUCGGAGGAAGAUCAGCGUGGAGAACAGUCGCAGGAGACAGGUCAUCAAAAUGCUUUCGAUUGUGGUCGCAGUGUUUGGGGUCUGCUGGGCGCCCUUCCACAUCGAGCGGCUGCUGUGGAGUUCCAUCAGCCAGUGGACCGACCUGAUGCACAAUAUCUAUCAGUACGUCCACAUCUUAUCAGGAGUCCUCUUCUACCUCAGCUCUGCAGUCAAUCCUAUCAUCUACAGCCUUCUCUCUACGCGGUUCAGGGAGAGUUUCCGGGAACUCAUGUGCUCCCACACAGAGGACAGCAGCUCUGUCAGAGACUCACCGCCCUUCUGCAAAACCCUACUGGGUCACUCGAAUUCAACUUCCAGUGCUCUGCAGACGAGGAGUAAGGACUCGAAUGCUUUUAUCCCACUGCUGUCCCCUAAUGUGACACUGACUGUGGACACUGCAGUCCUUAAAUGUGCAUGUAAAGACGUGACCUGUAAGACGUCUGUGUUCUAAUUGAGGUUUGAUAUGAAAGAAAAAAGUCAACAAGCAGCUGAUCCAGAAGCACAGAGUGAGAUCAGCGAAUUUUCUUUCUUCAGAAACAGCGUCUGCAGCUUGUCUGUUUCUUGUUUAACGAGAGACACCAAAUUGUGUCACAGGCAAUG